AUGGAUUCCUCAAAGCCAGGCCUCGACCUCGAGAGGGAGUUGACGUGCUCCAUCUGCACCGAGCUCCUUUACCAGCCUCUGACUCUCCUCGACUGCUUGCACACUUAUUGCGGCGCAUGCUUAAAGGACUGGUUCUCUUUCCAGGCAAACCAGGCCGAGAACUCUCCGAACCCCCCCGUGGCAGGGACCAACAUCUUCACCUGCCCGUCAUGCCGUGCACCGGUGCGCGACACAAGGCACAAUGCCACCGUCGCAACGCUCCUCGAUAUGUUGAUCACGGCAAAUCCUGACAAAAAGAGGUCUGAGACGGACACGGACGAAAUGAACAAGAAGUACAAGCCCGGGGACCAGGUGCUGCCUGAGCUUAAACUUUCUGAGAGGACCCGAGAGGAGAGGCGUGCGGAUGAGGAGGAGAGGAGGAUGUUAGAAGAUGUGCGGAACCUCAGUCUCAGGGAAGCCGGUGUCGAGUCUUCCUCGGCCCCUCGACAACGGCGGCGAAGAGAGGACAGCCGCCACAGCAGGGAUCCUAGUAGGGACAGCCGCCACAGCAACAGGCAUGGGGCCAGCCGAAGGCCCCGGGCUGAUGAAGGACGGUCCAGUGCGGACCAGCUGCGGCCGGAUGCGAGAUCGAGCGAGCACAGGAGACGAUGGAGAAGCGAGUCGGGGCACCGUUCCGAGGAAUCAUCCGACUCGAGGCGCCGACAAAUCGAGCACCAGUCCUCGCUGAGAUCUCUGAUAAGCUCGGGCGAUUUGAGUGAACGCGACAUAGAGAGGGAGAUUGAAGAUUUUGCUAGGCAAAUUCAGGAGGAGGGGCUGUUGGACGGGCUGGAUCUUGACAACAUCGACCUAAGCCGGAACGACGAGCUGAGCCGCAAGAUCACAGAGGCUUACCGACGAAGGCAGCGGGAGCGUACGAGGGCCGAGGCAUCGAGGAGGAACAACCCCAGUGGUCAAUCCCGAUCCUCUCCUGACCGAGUGCAGGAGAUACGGUCUGCCGCAACGGAGAACAGCAGAUCCACCAGCAGACAGCGGCCGCACUCCAGGUCGACCAGCGCAAGCGGCUUCCCCGAAGACCGCAGCCGGCCACCACUUUCGCAAAGCGCCCUGCAUGUUGAAGUCCGACCAGAAGAGAGGCGGAGAAGGAGGCGGACUUCGAGCGGCGGCCGCAGUGCGACGACACCCGUCCCAGCAACGCAGUCCGAAACCCGGGUGACCACGCGCUCGCAGACCGAUUUGUCAACACGAACACAGUUGGGCGAAGCAUCCGCCCCAAGAACCGCCUUUACCGAAGCAAGAAGCUCCAGUACACCGUCAGUGCCUACCACAACGCAGUCUCCGGCUACUUCGCCGGCGACACGAGACCUCGCCUUUGCCAGCCGAGCGACCAACGCACCGGCGCUGGUAUCUGCCAACUUUGCCCCCUCCCCUCCCACAGAGCCGCUAUCGCCUCGCAUGCAACGAUCGCACCGGCCGGCGGACCUGUCCAUCAUCAGCCAGGUCACAUCAGGACCGGUCGGGCUGGGCCUGGGCAUCGGCAGCCCACCCAUCUCUGGCCAUCAGAGGACACGAUCGCAGCUCUAUCCCGAGCCAUCGAUUGCAUGCGCCCGUUGCGCGAGGCAGCACAUCGAGUACGAGCUCCACUACAACUGUAGUAUCUGCGCAAACGGCAACUGGAACAUUUGUCUCGAUUGCUACAGGUCGGGAAAGGGUUGUUUGCAUUGGUUCGGUUUUGGAUACGGCGCCUGGGCCAAAUGGGAAAAGGCUCGGCAUGCCGCGCAGGGGGAUAUCCCGAGACCUCAUAUGCUGACGGCAAACCGUUACCUCCAGCCCAAGAUCAUACCUGGCGGGGCAGAGGGCAGACGGACGCUUACGACCGAUGACCCGCUCAAGAGGCUGGAAAGCGGUAACUUCUGUGCGCGAUGCCUAGCUUGGGCCAACGAGUGCUUCUGGCGCUGCGACAUGUGCAACUUUGGCGACUGGGGCUUCUGCAACAACUGCGUGAACCAGGGGCGGUCAUGCACCCAUCCUCUCCUACCCCUGACAUACCAACCUCAACCGUCGCACACACCACCAGCGAGUCCCAGGUCGCCUCGCCCGCCUCAUUCGGCCGCCGUUCUGACGGGGCCCAACAUCCAUAGCAUCGGCCCGUUCAAGCCCCUCACCUUCACGACCCGCUGCGAUGUCUGCCAGGAUCCCAUUCAUCCUAGCCAUAGUCGAUAUCACUGCUUCACCUGCACCAGCUCGAUCGAACCAGAUACUCAGCCGGGCGACUUCGACAUCUGCACAACCUGCUACGCCAACCUCGAGGCACGCGACCAGAUCAGUCCCGAGAACGGGCAUGCGGGUUGGCGCCGGUGUCUCAACGGGCAUCGCAUGAUCGUGGUUGGCUUCCGCGACGGGCCCGGUGGGCAGCUGCGGCAUAUCCUCUCCGACCUUGUGGGCGGGCGAAAUCUGCGGAUAACACCGGCAGAGGGCUGUGACGAGCAGGCACCGCAGAAGUGGUGGUGGUACGAAGAGGGCCAGAAGCGCGAACGCUUCGUCACGAGGGACGUUGCGGCCGAUGCCCCGGCGGGCGAGGGCCUCGCGCAGGGGUUCCCUCCCGACGGCGGCGGCGGAAUCCGUGCGAGCGCUACGUGGGCUUGGUACCCCAAGGCCGACGACGAACUGUUGUUCCCGAAGGGAGCGGAGAUUCGGGAGAUUGAGGACGUUAACGGGGACUGGUUCUUUGGAGUUUACAUGGGCGCCAAGGGACUGUUUCCGUCGCCGUACGUGAGGAGGCUAGAUGAUCAAGCUUAG